AUCGAAUAACAGUGUUAUUUUUGAGUAUAUUUGUGGUUAUAAAAUGCUUUGUAACACCCCUUGGUCGCUAGUAGAUUUCGUUUUAUUCCCUAUUAAUAUGACUGCUGUUGGCUGUAAUCAUUGGAUUCUUGGGGAGUUCAACGUGAAGCAGAGAUAUUUUAAAGUCUACAACUCAAUGAGGAAUAGAGUUAUGGAUAAGAAAGUGUUGAAAGUUGUUGAAGCAUAUUCUACUUUGUUGCCCUUGUUUCUUUCUUUAAAUAAUUUUUAUGAGUCAAGGGAAGAUAUUGAUCUAAAUGCACAAGCAUUCAAGGGCAUUGAUAUGUGUCACCCGUUGGACAUUGUGUUUGAUGAUGAGGUUCCACAACAGAGUAACAACGAUUGUGGGAUUUUUAUCAUAAAGUUUGCUGAAUUUUUUAUGCAUGGACUUAUUGAAAAUAUCCCCAAUCCUCUGAAUGUUAGUUUCCAGAGAAACAAAAUUGCAGUCGAGCUAUAUGUCCAUGCUAAAAGAAAGAAAGAUGAAGGCUAUCUAUCUGAUGGGGAGUUCAGAGGAAGAAUGAGCAAGAAGAUGUUGAAUGUUAAUGCAAUAGAAGUAUGAGAGUAUCAAAGUAGUUAACAUUUUGGCUUUUAUCUUGUAAAGACGAUACAUACUUAUGGCAAGAUAACUUUUGUAUUUUUGUUUUGCAAACUUUCAAGCAAGUAUCAUGUUUGAAUAUUUUGAAUAUUGUGGCAUAUCAAUGAAUUUUGAUAUUAGCCCUUUUUUAUGAGGAAUGUUGUACAGAGGUGUCUCAUGUUUGUAACUUGAGUUCACAAUUUUAUUUUUGUAUUUCAUGUUUUAGGUAACAUCUGUUAAAAGUUUGUAACCUAAGUUCAUGCAACAUUGCGUAGCAUUACUUAACAUCUAUUAAUAGUCGCGAUAACUUCAG